CAAAGACGCGAAGCAUGUUGAAGUUUCACUUUCCCACAGUUGCAAUUAUAAACGUUGACUGCAUCGUCACAAUGAGGACGUGAAUAGUUUCUACUUGACGCACAGAAGUCGGCAGUGAUGGCGUUUCAGUAAUGGCUCCACUACAAACUUAGGAGCCAAACUUUUUCACUUGGAAUCUCUCACACCCAGAUCUGGCCUCUCUAAAUUGGGGAAAACAGCAGUACCAUGGCACACUGCGUUUACAAUCCUAUUUUUGCAUUUGUUUGCAGCGUUUGCCUAAUCGGCCUGAGCAAGAGUUAUUUGUCCAUACCUCUGAAAAUCUACCCGGGGAAGUACAACGUGUCCUCGCGAGGGGGUUUGUCCGUCACUCGCCUCGUCGCGCUCGCUCCUGAUGGGAAGGGUCUCUCUCUGGCUUCCGAUCCCAGUGGUCAAGUCAACUUUAUGGACAUGGUGGGUAACCUGCAAGGGGACUCCGGCAGAGGCUACUACAUCGAAUUGUUGAUUGGCACUCCUGCACAACGGCUGAACAUCCUGGUGGAUACCGGUAGCAGUAACUUUGCAGUGGCCGCGGCGCCGCACCUAUUUAUUACUAGCUACUUCAACACUGCACUCUCUAGUUCCUUCAGGUCAGAUGGCCAAAGUGUAGCUGUCAGGUACACCCAGGGGAACUGGAUGGGGGAGCUCGGUGUUGACCGUAUCUCCAUCCCCAAUGGCCCAAAUGGUACCAUCAGUGUCAACAUCGCUACCAUCUUGACAUCUGAAGGCUUCUUCCUACCUGGGAUUAACUGGCAGGGCAUCCUCGGACUAGCCUAUCCCAUGCUGUCUCGGCCAGAUUCAUCUGUGGAACCAUUCUUCGACUCUGUGGUCAAGCAGCUCGCUAUCCCGGAUGUCUUUUCCUUACAGAUGUGCGGCACUGGAAUUUCUGCUAGCAGCGUAGUCGACCCACCGGGUGGUAGUCUUAUCUUCGGUGGGGCUGAACCAACUCUGUAUCGGGGGCAAAUGUGGUACACCCCUAUAGUUGAGGUAUGGUACUACCAAGUGGAGGUUCUAAAGCUGGAGGUUGGUGAGCAGAACCUGGACCUUGACUGCAGAGAGUAUAACAUGGAUAAAGCAAUAGUUGACAGCGGCACGACGCUACUGCGACUUCCCGUCAACGUCUACAACGCAGUGGUAGACGCCAUCACACGCAGCUCUCUGAUCCAGGAGUUUUCAUCAGGCUUCUGGGAUGGGACCAAGUUAGCAUGCUGGAUGAGGGGCGAUACCCCCUGGAGAUUUUUCCCCAAACUAUCCAUCUACCUAAGGGACACCAACACCAGCGAGUCCUUCCGCAUCACCAUCCUUCCUCAGCUGUACAUCCAGCCAAUCGCAGAUGUGGAUGGCACGCUAGACUGCUACCGCUUCGGCGUGUCGUCAUCUGCUAACGGCCUUGUCAUUGGAGCGACGGUUAUGGAGGGUUUCUACGUGGUGUUCGAUCGAGCCAACCGUAGACUGGGCUUUGCCCUCAGCAACUGUGCCGUGAGUGGCGGUGUGGCUCUGUCCGAAAUCGACGGGCCCUUCUCGGCAGCAGACGUGGCGUCAGACUGCUCCGGCCGAGCGCUGAAGGAGCCUCUCCUUUGGGUGAUCUCCUACGCGCUCAUGGCAGUGUGCGCCAUCAUCCUCAUCAUCUUGCUGCUUCUGCUGGUCCUGCCUUGUCGACGGCGGGGCUACUCCGGGGAGAUAACCGACCAGUCCUCUCUGGUGCGACACCGUAUCAAGUGACUGAGAGCGAGGGCAACAGGCGCAAACGGGCGGGGUGCAAGCGAGCAAAGCGCCACCGCUGAGGUGGUGGGAAAAGAAGUGAGGCUGCACAAGGUUGAUGUGGAAGCAUCCACCUUCUCUGACAAGGACAAUCCUUCUGAUAAAAUCUCAAAAGACACUGUCACUGGUGUAAAAUGAACUUGUGGUUUGUAAUUUAAUUUUUGAUUGUUCAUCAGAAGUGCUGCGUUGCGUCUAUGUGGAUGGUUGAACCAAUCUUUGAAUCAUCAAAACAUGCCUGCCCUCAGAACCGGAUAUUGGAAGAGCAAGCGGUGCAAAAGGCACUGAAACAUUUAACAGUUGCACAUAUCAAAAGCUAGAAUGGUCAUAGUGCAGUUAAAGUUCAUGCUGAAAUCUUAAGCCCACUAUGCAUAACCUUUUGGGAGUGGUGUACAUUACACAUCAUUAGGCAAAGAAAUCCGAAUAAUUUUUGGUAUGUGCCUUUUGCCUGAGAUCUGUCCUUUUUAAAUCCACUCCCAAAUUAUGGUGAAAUGCAUGUUGGAUAAGCAGCUAGGACAAUUACUGACACUUUGGUAUUAUUGGAAAAUAUGUUUACAUUGCUCGUAGUGCCUUCGAACACUGUGUUUGUCCACUUUUAGACAACAACACUGUCAUGAACCGAGUCCACCAUGCUUACAUGGCUUUACACAGACCCAAAACUUCACAAGCAAGGGGCUUCAUGUAUUCAUCUGGGAGUAUGUCAGAACUGUGCCAAAAUAUUCUCGUUUCUUUUAAAUAAACUGAUCCGCCAUUGUGGUUCCAGUCUA